AUGGCAGCCCAAGCUCCCGCUCCUGCUCCUCCCAAUGCACCUAUGGCGCCCGUCUCACGAUCCAGUCGACCCACCAUCGUGGGUCCCGAUCAACCUGAACAUCCAUAUCCGAUGAAGUUGGAGGGUACAGUGACGAAAGGAUUCGGUAGAGGUGCCAGGUUUUUGGGUAUACCUACUGCCAACCUCCCCGAUACUUCCCUCGACCCACUCAACGCCCUCAACAUGACAGGAAUCUACUACGGUUUCGCCCGUAUCCAUCCUUCCUCCUCUACUCCCCUACCCUCUACUUAUCCUACACCCAUCCAUUCCGGUCCUUCAUCACCUUCUUUGAAACCUACUAAACCCCCCAAUCCCGACGCCCAUGAACUAAGUAAAGAAGCGUUGGAAAGUAUACCUACUAUUACUGCUCCCUAUCCUCCUGAGCAACAUGCACAGAGAUGGAGUAAGGAAGAUGAAAAGAUCUGGCCUAUGGUCAUGUCCGUAGGAUGGAAUCCGUAUUUCAAAAAUGAAAAGAUAACUGCUGAAGUUCACAUAAUGCAUCCUUUCAAAGCUGAUUUCUACGGUCAUCACAUGUCAGUCCUAGUUUUAGGAUACAUAAGACCAGAGUUGGAUUACGUCUCCAAAGAAGCAUUGAUAGAAGAUAUUCAAACGGAUGUCAAAGUAGCUUUGAACGGUUUGGCAAGGCCUGAUUACGCAAAGUACGCAGAAGACCCUUUCCUUACGAAAGAUAGAUCGUAA